AUGCCUGCCACCAUCCGACAAUACAAAGCGGCCGCUGUCCAGGCCGAGCCCGGAUGGUUCAACCUAGAGAAGUCUGUUCGGAGGACGGUUGAGCUCAUUGGCGAGGCCGCCGAAAAGGGCUGCAAGCUCGUCGCCUUUCCAGAGCUAUACCGAAACACGCUCAUCAGAUACCCGUACUUUCAGUGGCGUGUCAACUACCAAGACUCGCUCCCUCUUCUCAAGGAGUACCACCAGAACAGCCUGCGGCCUGACUCGGAUGAGAUGCGGCGUAUUCGCAGCGCCGCCCGAGCAGCAAAUAUCUACGUCUCGUUGGGAUACUCGGAGCUAGACGGACACACGCUGUACACGGCUCAAAUCAUCAUCGACCCGACCGGCGCCGUCAUCAACCACCGGCGCAAGAUCAAGCCGACGCACGUGGAGAAGCUCGUGUUUGGGGAAGCGACGGGCGACUCGCUCGACUCGGUCGUCGACACCGAGAUUGGCAGGCUCGGCCACCUCAACUGCUGGGAGAAUAUGAACCCCUUCCUCAAGGCCCUUAGCUGUGCGCAGCACGAGGAGGUUCACGUCGCCGGCUGGCCCGUCUACCCUCCGGCCUCGACGCUCAAGUACCCGGACCCGUACAGCAACAUCUCAGAGACGCAGUCGGAGCUUGUGACGCCCGCCUACGCCUACGAGACGGGUACCUGGACCCUGGCGCCGACACAGGUUGUCACGCGCGAGGGGGCUCGCCUCAACCUCCCGAAGCGCCUGCAGCACGACGAGGCGGCCCUUGACGGGGAGUCGGCCAUCAUUGGCAACGGAUUCACCCGCAUCUAUCGUCCGGACGGUUUUCGUGCCGUUGAAGAUCCGGCCAAGACAUUCGACGGUCUCGUCAUCGUGGACGUCGACCUGGAUGAGAACCUGCUCACCAAGCGUCUUGCCGACUUUGGUGGCCACUAUAUGCGCCCAGAUCUGAUUCGGCUUCUGGUCGAUAGGACGCCCAAGUCGCUCAUUGUGGACGCCAACGCGGCGGACCCCAAAACGUUCCCGAGCACGCUUGAGCGACUGGGUCUCGCGAAGCCUCUAGCGGCGGAGGAGUAA